CCUGCUUCCGCGUCGACAAGAGCAGCUUCCCGACACACAGGGCGUCAUGCAACAGCUCCGAGCGCUCCUCACCCUCCUACUGCUCGCCGCUGGAGCCCAUGCACUCUGCCACUGCAAGCGAACAACCCGCAGCCGCUCCAUGGCACAGGCGAUGACAUCCUUCGAUGCUGUACUGCCGCCGUCAAUCGACUGGUGUGAGCGUGGUUUGUGCACGCCGUCAUGGAACCAGCACAUACCCGCGUACUGCGGGGCUUGCUAUCUUCAUGGUACGCUCUCCGCCGUGCAGGACCGGAUCAAGAUCCUGCAUCACAAGCGCGGGUUCUCGGGCCCGGAUGUCAUGCUCGGACGCCAGAGCUUCCUUAACUGCGCACCAGGACAUGGCUUUUCCGACGGCUGCAACGGCGGCGAGCCGACCGACGUGUACGACUUCAUGCGUAUCUAUGGCCUGCCAGACGAGACCUGCCUGCCGUACAACGCGACGGACCACACCAAAUACACAUGGACGAACGGGACGUGCCCUCCCGAAGGCUACUGCAUCGAUUGCAUGUAUACGAACGACAGUCCGAGCACGCCAGUGUGCUUUCCUGUGACCAAGGUGCUUCGGUACCGGGUUACUUCGUUCGGGUCAAUUGCGGGGGAAGACGCAAUGCUUCGGGAACUACAGAACGGACCGAUCACAUGCGCGAUUGCUGCCAACGUCGACUUUACCGUGAAUUACACGCGCGGCGUGUACGUGGACCAAACCAAUUUCACUGACCUCGACCACGACGUUGAGAUUGUCGGGUAUGGAGUCGAUGCGGCGACAGGUCUCAAGUUUUGGCACGCCCGCAACUCGUGGGGCACGUAUCUACUGGGGCGAGAAUGGUUUUUCAAAAUCGUGCGUGGCAGCAACAACCUCGGCAUCGAAACCGACUGCUCAUACGCCGUGCCCGACAUUGCGAUGGAAGACCUCGUCUGGAGCCGUCAUGCAUCAUACGGCGGGUCCAUCUACGGUCUCCGGCAAUUUCCGUCGACGAGCACGUCAGACACACUGCUGGUCCGCGACUCGACUGACGACAUCGCGGUCAACGCAUCGCGCAUGGUCGCGUCGGACUCGGCAGCAGCGCCAUCUGCGACGAUGGCAGUUCCAUCGCUUCAACUGUACUGCGGAGUCCUCAUUGCCACCACGCUUUUCGCCGGAGUCCUCCUCGGCCGCAUCUCAAUCCGGGGUCGUAAACGCGAUUAUGUGCCGCUUGGGUGA